AUGUAUGUCCAGCAUGAGCAAAGCCAGGUGGUGAAUACGGCGUGGGCCUGCUUGGCACUAAUGCAUGCGCGGUAUCCAUUCAAGGAAGCGAUUGAGAAGGGGCUGAAGUUGAUCAUGAGUCGACAGCAGAAUAACGGCGAGUGGUACCAGGAGGAUGUGGAAGGCGUUUUCAACAAUACCUGCAUGAUCGGCUAUCCGAACUACAAGCUGUACUUUACUUCAUGGGCGUUGGGAAGGUAUCAUCACGUAUACCUGCCUAUGCUGAAGGAAAUGGACAGUUCCUGA